CACCGCCGCGAGCCAAUAAAGCGUGAACCCGUCCGUCCAGCUCGCACUUGAAGACUUCGCGAGCGGCCGCAGGGACGCCAGUCGAGCCAGGGGACGCUCGCUUGGCGCUUCUCCAUCCGGGUGCACCUGGCUGCACCGGCUCUGCGGGCACCGGCGACCUUCGGCGGAGUUGGACGCUCCACGCGCGGACCCUGGUACUCUCUUCCCUCAGAACGUGGGCACGCCUCGGCGACUCCUUUCUUGAACUGUCCCUCAGCCCCGAAAAGGUUGGACGACCACCCGGACUCGACUUACGGGAACGAACCGCGCCGGUCCAGGAGGGAUCGAAGAUGCCCCGCGCAUUCCUGGUGAAGAAGCCAUGCAUUUCCACGUGCAAGAGGAACUGGAGCGAACUCCCAGACGAGGAGCGCGGCGAGAUCUACGUGCCAGUCAGCCUGGGCUUCUGUCCACCCCCGCCCUACCGGGAACCAGAGCCAUCUGUGGCCGAACCCCCUUCUUGCCCUCUGGCUUUGGACAUGAGCCUUCGGGACUCCAGCUAUAGUGUGGCCCCAGGACCCUGUGUGGUGGCCCAGCUACCCCCCGAAGAUGUGAACCAUCUGACAGAUUCCCAGAGCAGAGACCAGGGUUUCCUACGAACCAAGAUGAAGGUAACCUUGGGGGACAGUCCAAAUGGGGACCUUUUUACCUGUCACAUCUGCCAGAAGGCCUUCACCUACCAGCGCAUGCUGAACAGACACAUGAAAUGUCACAACGAUGUCAAGAGGCAUCUCUGCACAUACUGUGGAAAGGGCUUCAAUGACACCUUUGACCUUAAGAGACAUGUCCGAACCCACACUGGUGUGCGGCCCUACAAGUGCAGCCUGUGUGACAAGGCCUUCACCCAGCGCUGCUCUCUGGAGUCCCACCUCAAGAAGAUCCACGGUGUGCAGCAGAAGUACGCGUACAAGGAGCGCCGGGCCAAGCUGUACGUGUGUGAGGAGUGCGGCUGCACCUCUGAGAGUCAGGAGGGUCACGUCCUGCACCUCAAGGAGAACCACCCCGACAGCCCACUGCUACGCAAGACCUCCAAGAAAGUAGCUGUGGCCCUGCAGAACACUGUCACUUCCCUGCUGCAGGGCAGCCCCCACCUCUGAGCAACACAGGCCUGCAGGAAGGACGGGGGUUCCCUCCCCGCUGUCUAGUGGGUUCACCUUCCUGCAGCCUCUUGCCAGAACACCAGGGAUCAGGACCAGAGCCCUAGUGCCUCAUGCCAGGCACACCUGCGCGGUUAGGCACUGUCUUGUGCUCACUUUGGGAAGUCUGUCUUACAGGCAGGGUCCUUCUGAGCCCGGGACGAUGGGUGCCUGUGUCUGAGCGAGCACAAGGCCAAGUGAUUAGAGACAGCUGCUUACAGAGCCAGGCCUUGCUUCCUUGUGGCAGGACGCUGGAGAUGUGUUGAGAGGCGAGCUGGAGUACAGGCCGGGCAAUGGAUCCCCGUGGACUGCAGAGCCGACUCCAGCAAAGAGCAUCCCCACGAACUAGGGCGGCGGUGGGGCUGGCGGCGGCUCACAUGCCUGCAGGGCUAAUUCUCAGGGUUCCAAGGGCUCUGCCUUUUCAUCAGAGCCCCACAUGUGUACAGCCAUGUGUGUGCUUGCGUGUGUGUCACACGGCUUUAUGUGUGACUUAGUCACGUCUGAAUGUGCACUCAUGGCCUUCCAUAUCACCUCAUUCUUAACAAGCCAACUACAAGGUGCCAAGGAGGUUUUAUUGCCUUUUUUUUUAAAGAUGAGAAAUGUACAGAUAUUAAUAUAUUUUUGGUGCCCACAGUAAGACUGUUUUUAAAGGGGAUGGAGCUGGCUUUUUCUCCAACCCCAUUGGUUCUAUUUAUCAUGGACAUUUCAAACCUCCUCUGUGCCUAGGAUCUGGGGGUGGUGAUGCAGACCCUCCCUGUUCUCUGAGAUGUUCCAUUAAAGACCUUCCUCCUGCCCUGCCCAUGGACAGUGCCUCACCUCUCUUCUCUUCCCUCCCUAGCAUCACCUCCUUCCACAUCCUUCUCCAGGCCCCAGUUUUCCUGGUAAGCCUGCUGAUAGCUGACUGUUGGGUGUGGCUACAGCUGGGGGCGGGUCCUACUGACACUUUUCGGCCAGAUGCGCUAGUGAUUUUUUUGACACCAAGUCCAAGUCCACCAUCUGAAGUACUAAGACAAAGGCAGCAACAGGCCAUCAUUCUGGUUUUUUUUCCUGGCUAAGUCAAAAAUUCUUCAGCAGCAACAAAAUUUGAGACAGAAUAAUAAUCCACAUACCAGAAACUUUGAGAGGGAGCCGGGUGGAUAGUUAAUAAAAUGUCUCUGUUGUCUUGUUUCCCAAAUGCCUUUGG